GUCAAUGAUCUUUAGCUCCGGAGGUGUAGACCCGCAGUCCCUUUGCUUUUUGUCCUCUUAAAUUAUAUAUACGUGUAUGUAUACGUUACCCACCACUAGCAGGGAAGAGCAUUUUCUCCCCCUCCUUUCCACUCCCAAUUCUCCUCAGCAUUUAAAGGAGAAUUGCCUUUUUUAUGUUUUCUUUUAAAGGCUUUUAAAUAUUGUUGCAGGGAGAUGGAGGACUCAUUUCAAACCGUUCUCGUGUACUUAAGACCAAUAUUGUCUCCAUAUGGCUGGCCUUUCAAAACCGAAUCCUCUUCUUUGAAACACGCGAGAGAGAUUUUUUAAAAGCUAUUAAAACUCCUAACUCUUCAAAACAAACGAAAAAAAAUACUUACAGAUAAUUGAACUGCUUUUAUCUCUCUCUCUCUUACUUUUUUUUCCUGUUUGGAACUUUUACCAGUCCUGAUAGAGCCCUCAAAGCUCCACCAAAACACCGCCUUUAAAACUCCUCUUGGUGCUCGCAUCAGAUGUAAGCGGCGGAUUUCUCAGGCUCUGCCGGUGCAGUUUUCCUCCCGUUAGGGCUCAGCUCACUGCAUGUGCAGUCCAUGCGCACGUUACUUUGCACCAUAUCGGACUGAUUCGCACUUUUUAGAUGUUUUUAAAUCGUCUCGUCCGUCCAAUCCGACUUGAUUUGCGACUAUUCGGGACAGCGUUUUGAGUUUGGGGUUUUGGAGGAUGGAUAAAAGACUCGUUUUAUUUUACUUUGGCGGAAAGGUCGCGCUUCACAGGGGUGCACGAAGUUGAAUUUUCUUUGGAAUUGGGGUUAUAUAAACGCCGUCACGUGGCGGAGGCAUUCGCUUGCUGGAAAGCGGCUCCUACCUCUCGGGGAGGACGGGGGGAUCUUUCAGCCUCCCCGGCCCAGAGAGCCCGAUAUCGGCCCUGGGGAUGGGGAGGCCCAGCCCCCCCCCGGGACACCCCCACCUCGCGGCCACGCGUGUGCUGAGCGGCUCGGUCCCGCGGCAAGGUGCCCCGUGCGCGCUGCCGGGCGGACUGCGGGAAGGCGGCUGUUUACCUUGUCCAAAAGAUGCAUUUAAUAAUACCGCCUCCCCUCUCCCCAUCCCCCACCCCAAAUCCUAUCAUCCCUUGCGGGCUGCGAUAAUAAAUAAAAGUCUUUAUUUCUCCCUCUCCAAAAGUUAAAGGGCCUUGUCCUCUCCCCGGGCUGCUGGAAUGGGGGAUUCGGCGAAGGAAGCUCGUAACAUGGCGGACACCGAGGAAGGCUUCGGGCUCCCGAGCACGCCGGCUGACUCGGAGGCCAAGGAGCUGCAGGCUGAGGCCAAGCAGGACCCCCAGCUGGGGACCACCAGCAAGGCCCCCACCUCUCCGCAGGCAGCCUUCACCCAGCAGGGCAUGGAGGGGAUCAAAGUGUUUUUGCACGAGCGGGAGCUGUGGCUGAAAUUUCACGAGGUGGGGACGGAGAUGAUCAUAACAAAGGCUGGAAGGCGUAUGUUUCCCAGUUACAAAGUGAAGGUCACUGGACUCAAUCCAAAAACGAAGUACAUACUGUUGAUGGAUAUUGUACCAGCGGAUGACCACAGAUACAAAUUUGCAGAUAAUAAAUGGUCCGUGACCGGGAAGGCAGAGCCGGCCAUGCCCGGCCGCCUCUACGUGCACCCCGACUCCCCCGCUACCGGAGCCCACUGGAUGAGGCAGUUGGUUUCCUUCCAGAAGCUGAAGCUCACCAACAAUCACCUCGAUCCCUUCGGACAUAUCAUCCUGAACUCCAUGCACAAGUACCAGCCCCGGCUCCACAUCGUGAAGGCAGAUGAGAACAACGGCUUCGGCUCCAAGAACACAGCCUUCUGCACCCAUGUCUUCCCAGAGACCGCCUUCAUUGCUGUUACAUCCUACCAAAACCACAAGAUCACUCAGCUGAAGAUUGAGAACAACCCCUUCGCAAAAGGUUUCCGCGGCAGCGAUGACAUGGAGCUCCACAGGAUGUCCAGGAUGCAGAGUAAAGAGUACCCAGUUGUUCCCAGGAGCACAGUGAGACAGAAAGUGUCCUCCAAUCACAGCCCCUUCAGUGGUGAGACCAGGGUCCUUUCCACCUCCUCCAACCUGGGCUCCCAGUACCAGUGUGAGAAUGGGGUGUCAAGCACCUCCCAGGACCUGCUGCCACCUGCCAACCCCUACCCAAUCUCCCAGGAGCACAGCCAGAUCUACCACUGCACCAAGAGAAAAGAUGAGGAAUGUUCCACCACCGAGCAUCCCUACAAGAAGCCCUACAUGGAAACUUCACCGGCGGAAGAGGAUCCUUUCUACAGGUCCAGUUACCCCCAGCAACAGGGACUGAACACUUCGUACAGGACUGAAUCAGCCCAGCGCCAGGCAUGUAUGUACGCCAGCUCUGCUCCCCCCACGGACCCCGUGCCCAGCCUGGAAGACAUCAGCUGUAACACGUGGCCCAGCGUGCCAUCCUACAGCAGUUGCACAGUGUCUGCCAUGCAACCCAUGGACAGGUUACCCUACCAGCAUUUCUCUGCCCACUUCACCUCAGGGCCUCUGAUGCCCCGGCUCAGCAGCGUGGCCAACCACACGUCCCCCCAGAUAGGAGACACCCAUAGCAUGUUCCAGCACCAGACCUCGGUUUCUCACCAGCCCAUCGUGCGGCAGUGCGGACCUCAGACCGGCAUCCAGUCUCCCCCCAGCAGCCUGCAGCCUGCAGAGUUCCUCUAUUCCCACGGUGUGCCUCGAACCCUCUCGCCCCACCAGUACCACUCGGUGCACGGCGUGGGCAUGGUGCCAGAGUGGAGCGAGAACAGCUAACGAGGCAGUCGAUGGAAAUGGGAAAUAAAUAAAUAAAUAAAUAAAAUAAGAUAAAAUAAAAUAAAUAAAAAAGCCGAGGGGAAAAUAAAAAAAAAAAAAAAAGGGAAAAAAAAAUCCAACACACCAUCGUUAACAAAAAUGAGAGCGUUUUGCAAGACUCCUUUAAGCGAAUGUUCAGCACCAGCACUCGAGAGGGACAGACGCUGACCGUGCCAACGGUUGGAAGCACACAUGGAGCACUCAUUGGCCAUGGCACGAUGUGCCCCCCCUGGUGCUUUGGUUCUGAAGGCAAACCAGGGGAGUAGAGCGCUGACCCCCAGCCCGUGUCUCUGCCACAGCCCUCCCCUGCCCGGCCCUCCCCUGCUCCUCUCCUUCCCAAAGGGACAUGUGACUCCUGCUGCCUUUCUCAACACGGCCAGAGUGCUGGGAUGAAAACAACUAUGAUGUUACUUUUUUUUUUUUUUUUUUUUUUUUUUUUGUGGUGUUGAUGUUGACAAUGUUAUAUAAUAAAUAAUAAUAUAUAUA